UUCUCACCUUUCGACUGCUUCUCUUCAUUGCAGAUUGAGAGGCAAAGAUUCACCACUGGACUUCCAUUGCCAGCUGACCUAUUUUUCUUUCUUUUUCAAUAUUAUCUAAUACAUGAACGUAUAAAGAAGAUAGUGCUGCUUGAUUUGGUGCUUUGAUCUCUUGGGCUUCCAUCUUCUACCCUUGCAAACUAGAAUAUUUUCUUUUGAACUAUCGCCAUGUCUUUCAGUGGCACCCAGGAUAAAUGUAAGGCAUGCGACAAGACCGUCCAUUUCAUCGAUCUCUUGACGGCGGAUGGGGUUCCCUAUCACAAGACCUGCUUCAAGUGCAGCCACUGCAAAGGAAAUCUUACGAUGUGCAGCUACUCUUCCAUGGAUGGAGUACUCUACUGCAAACCUCACUUUGAACAGCUCUUUAAGGAGACCGGCAGCUUCACCAAAAAAUUCCCAACAGGUGCAAAAUCUGGGGAUAAGAAUGAACUGAAUAGGACUCCAAGCAAGGUGUCCUACAUGUUCUCUGGGACCCAAGACAAGUGUGCCAGCUGCAAGAAAACAGCAUACCCUCUGGAAAAGAUAACUGUGGAGGGAGAGUCGUACCACAAGACCUGUUUCAAGUGCUCCCAUGGGGGGUGCACCCUUACACCUUCAUCCUAUGCUGCGAUUGAUGGCAUCCUCUACUGCAAACACCACUUUGCGCAGUUGUUCAAGGAGAAGGGAAGCUACAAUCAUGUAAUCAAGGCUGCUUCGAUGAAACGAAAUGCUACUGAGCAAGAGCAAGAGCAAGAGCAAGAGCAAGCACCGGCAGAGCCAGAACCUGAGCCCGAACAGGAACAAAAUCAAUCAUAAAGGCAUGAUGCUUUAUAGAUCAACAUUUUCUCCUUUUCUUUUGGCCUGUUUCAAGCUUGGCUCCUCCAGCUUUGUGCUUGUUCUUUUGUUUCAUUUAUAUAUGGCUUGUGAUAAUGAAAAUAAAUGGUAAGCUUGGAUUUAGUUGUUUACUUGACAAUGUAAGAUCUUCAAACCAAAGAAAUACUUUGAACAUGGCUUCCAACUAAGGGCACAAGUUUGCCUU